AUGGAGAAAAAUGCCGAACAUGCCAGCCUGAUGGGAGACGGCGGUGCAGUGGAUGCGGAAGAUGCAGUCAUUGACAUGGACAGCGUGCGUGAUGAACCCGGUGGCCUUGCGAGUAGCAUCAAGCCUCCUUUACGAUCCCAGCCGCAGCCAACCACCACGACCGGUGUCCAGAUGAGAUGGUUGUUGUCGUGGCGCUUCCUCCACCCGUUGGCGUGGUUCAUUGUCUUCUGCGUCACUGGGCCACUGAUGGUGCACCUUCUUUUUGCGCUCAAGAUCAAUCGCCUGCUUUACGACAUCGACAUGUCCCUCGACCUGGAAGACCUUGCGGCUUGCGACGUCCAGGAGGUCUGGAGCUCGUGGUCGACCCUCUUUCAAAUCAACGUCCGCACGGGCGAUCUGUCCUUCACAGCGGCCAAAAUCGUCGACAUUGCAUUCGACCUGGUCGUCGGUCGCGUCGGACAAGUCGUGUUGGGGUGGAUGUCCUAUCGCGUUUACACCGACGUCUUUACUUUCCUCGCCGAAAGGCAACCCGUACCGUAUCCCACGUUCACAAAGAUCACGGUGGACCCGACCAGCUUGUCGUCACUCAAGACGUACCUGCUGGCCUUGUUCUCCAAGAACGGCUCCAAAUUGACGCUGCUGUGGCUGAUCGGGACCGUCUCUUACCUCUUGGCCCUUCCCACCAUCGUGUCGGCGUCGACGUCCCUCGUCGGUGCGACCGCGUACGCGAUCGAGCUCCCCACCAAUGCGACCGUGCCGGUUCUCGAAUACCUCUAUAGCGCGGCGUACAAGUUCACCAACUCGGGCCUCGCGGAUAAACCGAACCCGUGGUUCGUCUACGUCUCGGAGAUCCACAAGCUCCCGGCGAAGGUCAGCGAAGAGCACCUCGACAUCAUGUACCUCGACGGCACUAACUGGAGUGGGACUGAUCGGAACGACGUGCUGGUGGUGAACAGUACCACGUACACCAUUAGCAACUCCACCCUCGUCGACGCGGGCUUCUACUACGACGACGUCUUUUACCCGAUCGACCCGGCCAAGAACCACGGCUUCAGCACCCUGGUCGGGGACCAAAUGAUCUGUGUCCCCGUCGGCAACCGCUAUCAAUGGGGUGCAUCGUACGAGCUGUUGUGUCUCAUUGUCAUUUGUCAGAUUCUCUGGUCGGCGGCCAUGUUGGUGGCGUGGUCGAUCGCCUGCAUGAGCAGCGCCACCAUCCAAAGUGGGAGGAAGAUGGGCCUGUACACGGCAAUUCUGCUGCUGGCACAGCCACUGCGAGAAAAGAUGAAUGCGAGACCAGCGGGGAAUGGGAAUGACGACGUGAACAACGAGAAAGUGGUCAAGAGCAUUGUCAAAACGAUUGGUCCGGUGGUGUACGACGGUGGAUUCGAGACCAGUGACCAGGAAGGAGAGGCUGGGAAAACUCGAGGCUAUGCCAGGCUCAGGGAGCAUAUAUGA